UGGGAAGUAACGGACUACAUGUAACGGCGUUACGUAAUUAGGAUACAAAAAAAAAGUAACUGUAUUCCGUUACAGUUACAGAAAAAAAAGACGUAAUCCGAGUACCGGUACAUCUGGAAAAAAACGGGAUUAUUAGUUCGAUUACAAUUAAAAUACAUCACGAUACAAACACUUACCAUGCCAUGCAUAAUGCACACGCGCACACAUACGACAGUUCACGACAAGUCUGACACAACGGCGAUCUGCUCUCAAGUGAAGCCAUAUAGCCAGUUCAUUAGUCAUUAUGGCAUCGAGCACUAAAAAUGCUUUCACUGGAUGGAAAUUUCGCCAUUGCUUUGUUUCUAAAGCCGAAAAGGGGAACAACAUCACUGUACAGUGCAAGCUAUGCCUUCCAUCUGUGAAAAUGUUGUCAUCGUCCAAGGACUCGACAUCCAAUUUAAAGAAACAUUUACAGAGGAAGCAUUCAAGACAUUUACUUCUGACCAAAGAAGAUACAAGUCAGUCGGAGAUGAAUCCUGUUGAAUCUGAACAUGGACAAGAGACCUUGCGUGUUCCCCAUAAACAACUAAAACUUGAUCUUGGGCAGAGAAUAUCCCAGACUGCAGUCAGUACACUGAUAUUGGAAUUUGUGAUCGACGAUGUCCAGUCUUUCUCCUUGGUGGAACAACCUUCGUUUAAAAAGCUCAUCGAGGGGAUCAGUGGUGGCAAAACAGUCAUGUGCAGAAAGACUCUAGUUCAGCGUAUUGAGAAGGAAUUUGCUGUCAUGAAAGAAACCUUGAUUGCAACUCUUCAGAAAGUGACAAAUGUGUGCACAACAGCAGAUUUAUGGACUGCACACAACAGAAGUUUCUUUGGUAUGACAUGCCACUGGAUUGAGGAGGAAACGAUGGAGAGGAAAUCUGCAGCACUGGCCUGUGCACGAGUGAAGGGACGGCAUACCUUCGAUGUCCUUGCUGCAAAAAUCUGUGAAAUACAUGCAGAGUACAAAGUACAACACAAAGUAAGGGCCACAGUUACAGAUAACGGGAGUAACUUUGUGAAGGCUUUCCGUGAAUUUGAAACCACUGAGGAGGCAGCACCAGACGAGUUCGAUGAUGGAAUACGGUUCAUGGAUAUGGAUGCAGUUCUGGAGAUGGAGGGAGAUGAGGAGCUUCAUUUUUUCCUUCCCCCUCAUCAAAGAUGUGCUGCUCACACGCUCAACCUGAUAGCCACUAAUGAGGUGGAUAAAGCAGCAUCAAAAGGACCAUCCCGCAAAGUGUACCGAAGUGCAAUGGGAAAGUGUGCUGCCAUAUGGAACAAAGCACACAGGUCAUCAGCAGCUGCAGAAGCAGUGGAAGAUAUUGCCAACAUGAAGGUUUGUGUUCCAUGUGUAACAAGAUGGAGCUCUGAAUAUAUGGCUAUUUCCAAACUGAUUGGACUCACGCAAGAUCAGCUGGACGACAUCUGCGGAAGGCUCGGAGUGAGCAGACUGCACCCUCAUGAGAUGACUUUUCUUAAGGAAUAUGUAGCUGUGUUACAGCCACUUGCUCAAUCCAUUGAUCUUCUACAGGGUGAGAAAAAGUGCUACCUUGGAUUCCUCAUUCCAACAAUCUUAAGCCUCAAAUCUAAGCUGUCUGACAAAUUGCUACAUGCAACCUACACAGCAAACAUCAUUACUGCAGUUACUGAGGCACUUGACAGUCGCUUCGGUACCGUCCUGAGCAGCCAUGAAGCAAAAAUGGCAACAACCACCAUGCCCAAAUUUCGCUUGUGUUGGCUUUCUCCAGAAAAGAAAGAGGAAAUGUGCAAAACAGUGAUUCAGGAGGCAACAUCUUUGGAAUCCAAAGCACCUCCUGCAGCUGAAGUGAAUAUCAGCUCUGAAAAUGAUGGAUCAGACGAGGAGUUUUUUGUGUUUGGGAAGACAAACAGGGCUGAUAAAAGCACAGCAGAGGAAGAAGUCCGGCGGUUCCUCGAUGAUAGUGUGAAAACCAUGGAUUCCCUACAUGCAUUUCCCUUGAUUAAGCGGCUCUUCAUGAAGUACAAUACUACACUGCCUUCUAGUGCUCCAGUUGAACGUCUGUUCAGUUAUGGAGGAAAUGUACUGACUUCCUCUCGUAACAGAAUGUCAGAUGAUCACAUGGAGCAAGUCCUCCUCCUUCGCUACAACAGAAAGUUCUACCCAAAGCUAUAUUUUGACUGAAUGUUGACCGACUGUGAGGAUGCACAUUUAAAGUAUCUGCUCUGUGGGUUUCCAAAUGGUGCCUACUAACUUAACUGCUAUUUUGAAGGCAGCAAAUGUUCCUUUUGCUCUAUGAUCGUAAAUUGUAGGACUGUGCCUUAUUUUAGAAUUUUCUCCCUGAAUUUGAUUCAUGGUUUUAUAUUUAUUGUUAAUCUGUGGGUGGACACCUGAUUUGUUAAAAGAAAAAAUACAAUGAAUGUUCUUAACACAUGCACCAAAAUUGAGCAUUUUCUCUUUACUUUGUAAAGGAGCAUAUUUUAUGUUUGUAUGUUUUGUAAAUGACAGUAUUCUGUAGCUAACAAGACUCAAUAGACAUAGGCAUUUUGACAGUUCAGCAGGAAGACACCUGGUUUGUUCAAAAAUACCUUAAGUGCUCUUAAUCCAUGUAUUAAAGUUUAAAAUAUCAUGUUCUGUUUCUUGUAAAAGGAGCAGAUUUUAUUUCUGCUUUGUAAAGUAUACUCUUCUGUAGGCCCAUAUUUUAAUUUGGAAUCUGUAAGUCUACUGCCUGAAUUUGCUUUAUGGCUUAACUUUCUUUCAUCUGUUCUUUGUUCUUUUUGUAUAAUGAAAAUUCAGUUGGUGGACACUGGAUUGGUUAGUGAGGUUCCUCUUAAACAAUGUUACUAAAAAGCAGUUUCCAGUUUGCCUUGUAAAGACGCAGAUUUUCUUUUUGCUUUGUAAACUGUGUUCAAAUUAUAUGUAGUGCACUUUCUUUGUAUGUCUCUUAAGUUUUUCUUAUUCACAUUUUUGUCACAUUGUUCUGUUGAAUAACAGAAUUAAAGAUCAUGUUAUUGAUAUUUC